UUUUUUUUUCAAGGAUGGAAACCCCAGAACCAGAAGUAGUAGGAUUGAUUCUCAUAAUAAUAACAAAAAAAUAUGUCAAAAUGUUUUUUCAAAAAUUAUCGAAUUAAAAAUAAAUGUCCGCUAGCACGUCGAUCGGUUAAUUCAAUAAAAUGAGAAUUAACACUCGAUUUCGUUGGCACCAUGCAAUUGAACAAAUCUAAUUGUUUACUUAUUCAAUGAGACUGAGUUAAUUUGCAAGCUCACCCAACCUAUUUUAAUUUUAAAAUCUCAAGUGGAUGAAUCAGAAUCUUGAGAAAGUCUUUUAUUUGUCUAUCAUUAUAGACAAGCCCAUCCAUAUUAUCUAUUCUAUGGAAUUCAAACCUGAAUUAUAUUUUCUAUAUCUAUUACGAUUCAUUAUUUGUAUCUAAUGGGCUCCUCUUCUUAUUUAUUUUUUAUUUAAAUUUCAACACAUCGAUUUAUGCCUAGCCUAUUCUUUUCUUUGUGUUUUUCUUUCUUUUUUAUACCUUUCAUAGAUUCAUAGAGGAAUUCCAUAUAUUUUCCCAUCUAGGAUUUACAUAUACAACAUAUACCACUUUCAAGAAGAAGUUCUUAUUGUUUAGGUUAUUUAGGUAUUUCGAUUUCCAAAAAAAAGGUAAAAAAUAAAAAUUGGGUUGCGCUAUAUAUAUAAAAGAGUAUACAAUAAUGAUGCACUUGGCAAAUCAAAUACCAUGGUAUAAUAAUCAACCAUUCUAAUUAAUUGAUAAUAUUAGUAUUAGUUGGAAAUUUUGUGAAAGAUUCCUGUGAAAAGUUUCAUUAACGCGGAAUUUGUGCCGAGUAGACCUUGUUGUUGUGAGAAUUCUUAAUUAAUGAGUUGUAGGGAGGGAUUUAUGUCACCACAAACAGAUACUAAAGAAAGUGUUGGAUUCAAAGCUGGUGUUAAAGAGUACAAAUUGACUUAUUAUACUCCUGAGUACCAAACCAAGGAUACUGAUAUAUUGGCAGCAUUCCGAGUAACACCUCAACCUGGAGUUCCACAUGAAGAAGCAGGUACAUGGACAACUGUAUGGACCGAUGGAAUUACUAGUCUUGAUCAUUACAAAGGAAGAUGUUGGCACAUCGAGCCACGUGUUAUUGGAGAAAAAGAUCAAUAUAUUGCUUAUGUAGCUUACCCUUUAGACCUUUUUUAAGAAGGUUCCAUUACCAAUAUGUUUACUUCUAUUGUAGGUAAUGUAUUUGGGUUCAACGCCUUGCGAAUACCUGUUUCUUAUGUUAAAACUUUGCAAGGUCCACCUCAUGGUAUCCAAGUUGAAAGAGAUAAAUUGAACAAUUAUGGUCAUUCCCUGUUGGGAUGUACUAUUAAACCUAAAUUGGGGUUAUCUACUAAAAACUAUGGUAGAGUUGUUAAUGAAUGUCUUCGCGGUGGACUUGAUUUUUCCAAAGAUGAUAAGAACGCAAACUCACAACCAUUUAUGUGUUAGAGAGAUCGUUUCUUAUUUUGUGCCGAAGCACUUUUUAAAGUACAGACUAAAACAUGUGAAAUCAAAGGGCAUUACUUGAAUGAUACUGCAGGUACAUGCGAAGAAAUGAUGAAAAGACUCGUAUUUGCUAGAGAAUUGGGCGUUCCGAUCGUAAUGCAUGACUACUUGACAGGGGGAUUCACCUCAAAUACUACCUUGGCUCAUUAUUGCUACGAUAAUGGUAUACUUCUUCACAUCCACCGCACAAUGCAUGUGGUUAUUGAUAGACAGAAGAAUCAUGGUAUCCACUUUUGGGUAUUAGCAAAAGAUUUAUGUAUGUCUGGUAGAGAUCAUAUUCACUCUGGUACCAUAGCAGGUAAAUUUGAAGGUGAAAAAGACAUAACUUGGGGCUUUGUUGAUUUACUGCGUGAUGAUUUUAUUGAACAAGAUAGAAGUCAUGGUAUUUAUUUCUCUCAAGAUUGGGUUUCUUUACCAAGUGUUCUACCUGUGGCAUUAGGAGGUAUUCACGUUUGGCAUAUGCCUGCUCUGACUGAGAUCUUUGGCGAUGAUUCCGUACUACAGUUCGGUGGAGGAACUUUAGUACAUUCUUGGGGUAAUACGCCAGGUACCGUAUCUAAUCGAGUAGCUCUAGAAGAUGGUGUAAAAGCUCAUAAUGAAGGAUGUGAUCUUUCUCGGGAAGGUAAUGAGAUUAUUCGCGACGCUUCCAAAUGGAGCCCGGAACUAGCUGCUGCUUGUGAGGUAUGGAAAGAGAUUGUAUUUAAUUUUGUAGUAGUGGACAUUUGGGAUAAGUAAAAAUAAUAGACUUUAGCAGAUAAAUUAGCAGGAAAUA